AUGGCUUCUGAUGGUUAUCCGUCGGCUGGGCCUGGGGACCGUCCGGUUCGAGCGGCCUGGGACCGUGACGGCGCGGUUCUCCUGCCGUCUGCUCCGGAACUGCAAGACCUGGAAGAUUUAACCGACCAGCAACUCCUUGACCUCUUGCGUCGCUGCUCGGUCGGCUUCCUGGCCCGACUGGUCCGUCUUUGUGGGAGCAUCCUGCGCCCGCCCCGGGUCGUGAUCUACUGCCAACUGCCAUGCGUCAACCCGGAAUGUCCACAAACGUGUGGCCGUCAGGUGGAUCCGACCCGCAGACGCCAGCAUCAGAACCACGCGUGCCGCAUAUGCCACCGCUUCGGAUGGUAG